AUGCCCUCGCCGUCGUCCGCGGCGCCGUCCGCGCGCGCGUGCGUCGAUCUCAUCGCGCGGGCGGGAAAGCUCAAGGCGCUCAGGCGCGCGGGAUGGGUCCAGCGCGGCGUGCGCGACGCGGAAUCCGUCGCCGAACACUCGUGGAGAGUCGCGCUCAUGACGAUGCUCGCCGCGGAUCGCGACGACGCGUGCGAUUCGGGGCGCGCGGUCGCGAUGGCGCUCGUCCACGACCUCGCGGAGGCCGUCGUGGGAGACAUCACGCCGAACGACGGCGUGAGCGACGAAGAGAAGGCGGCGAUGGAGCGGGAGGCGAUGGGGACGAUGACGGCGGCGCUGGGCGCGCGAGGCGAGGCGUUGAUGGCGCUGUGGGAAGAGUACGAGGCGGGAGAGAGCGCCGAGGCGAGGCUGGUGAAGGAUAUGGAUAAGUUGGAGAUGAUCGCGCAGGCGAUGGAGUACGAGACGGAGGAGAACACGGGGAGGGGGGAGGAUUUGGAAGAGUUUUUCGAGAGCACGCGAGGACGGUAUCGAACGGCGACGGGCGAGGCGUGGAGCGAGGAAAUCGAGCGACGUCGACCGCGGGCGGGGUAA